GUCCUGGCCUUUUGGAACAUGGGCCACGCAGUGUCACUAAUGUCCUUGAUGGUCUGGCAAAGAUUCAUGGAUGGAGAUUUAAUGGAGGAGAUGAUGUGAAAUAUACCGGAAAAAUGGUAAGGAGUGAGGUUUACAAUCGGAGUAUGGCUGAAGGGAAGAUCAGUGCUUUCUCCAUGAUGGGAAAACCUGAGCCCUUGUUUGAUCUCUGGGAGCACACAAUGAUGGUGCUUGGUGGAGUUGAGUACUCUGACAACACUAACAUAGCUGUGUGGGAUGUUGAUAAAGGGCACAGCUUGACUCUCACAACUGAGUCCUUCAAUAUGCACCAAGUAGCACCUGACACCCUGACUUACAACAGACCGUGGAAACCACCAGGAGCUGAUGAAAUACCACUUUUCUCGGCUGCUCACUUUUCUAGACAUCCUACAAGUGGCAAAAGUUACAACUAUGUCGCAAAGUUAAAGUGGAAGUUAUGGGGACCGGAAGCAAGAUUUGACUUCUAUGAGUAUUCCUCAUCACCAGGUGGGCAGAUCACUGACAGGAAAGUUGGCUCUAUUCCAACUGCUCUAGAUGAUAUCAGGAUCAUCCAUGCAUUUAGUAUAACAGAGAACUAUCUGGUCAUUCCCAGAUGGAAUUACAAGUUUGACUUUACAUUUGAUUUGUCCAUGAUGAAGAAACUAGCAUACAUGUGUGAGGCAUUCAAGUUCGAGUACAACAAGCCCACUUAUGUGGACAUAAUCAACAUAAAAACUGGUAUCAGAGUCCAGUUUACACUACCAAUCCAGAAAGGAGUGCAUGGGAUGAACUCUUUUGAGAGGAUUAAUUCACAGGGACAGCUGGAAAUUGUCAUGGAUUUCCCAACCUUGACAGAUCCGACGGCAUUGGAUCUCAACAAACACUGCCUGUUCGACAUAUUCAACAUUCCUAUACUGACUGAUCCCAACUACCUUUACGAAAACAUCCCCUGGGAUACAACUCUUAGACGGUUCAUUUUUAACAUGCACACAAGUGCACAUACAAUUGAGGAUUUCCCACAAUCUUGGCGGACCAAGGACAGUGCAAUUGAGUUCCCAUUCAUAAACCCAAACUACAAUGGAAAAGAUUAUUGCUUUGCCUACUUCCAACAGUGGCACUUUAGAACAGAAGACAUGGACCUGAUGAAGUAUGACCUUUGCACGAAGAAAGCAAUCACAUGGCAUGAGGACAACAAACACGUCUCGGAACCAGUGUUCGUGCCUAAACCAGGAGGCGAGGCAGAAGAUGAUGGCGUUAUUGUGGCACAAGUUUAUGACUCAGCAACGGAGAAGAGUGAGCUGUGUGUGUGGAAUGCAAAGAAACUGGAGCUUAUUGCUAGAUACGAUAACAAGGUUCAAGUUCCGUACACUGUACAUGGAAGUUGGUACGACGAGUAAGGGUAGCGAAACCCAACGGACAAAUUUUCAUAGACGGGAUUAAAAUUUGAAUAG